UGGGCGUUUCUUGCUGAGCGUUCAUGAGCCAAGAUGAUACAGCCGAAGAACCCGACGAAGAUCUUUGGGAAGCUUUUGACGACGAUGAGACGCUUCCAUGCAGCUGUUCAUACGUUUUCGUUUGCAUCCUGAUGCCACUCCUGAAUGGUGCAGUCAGCGGCUUCAUUUGGCCAGGUUACAGUUUGCAUUUUGCGGAACAAGGAUGGUCAUUAGUGACAGGAGGUGUCGCCAUCACAGUUGGCUUUGCGUUGCGGGUGGCGACGCAGCAGUUCCAACUGCGAGCAGGUUACUGGUUGAUUGUGCCCCUGGCAGCGAUCCACCUGACAUUUGCUGUUCUUGCUUUGAUCUACCAAACCAGCCUAUGGGCCAUAUUCGCGCAAAUUGUGGUGCUGCUAUGCCUUGACCCUACUUGUGCCAUCGAAGGCAUCGCUUUUGAUACCUUUGGUGCCUCGGAAGUCCAGGCUCGACAGGCCACUUCCACUUUGUUGUCCGUUUUCACCAUUGCGGUAGCAAGUAGUUGCACCAUAGGAGGCAUUCUGUACGACCUGGGCGGCUGGACUGCUGUGGCCUCUUACCACAGCAUUUGCCAAGGGCUUCAGCUUCUUUUGCUCUGUGUGCAGCCGCCCAUUCGAACGUCCUUCACGGAGUUUUUCUUCGGAGAUCCUUCAGAUGACGCUGCGGAGGUGAAAGCGACCACAGCGACCACAGCAACCGCGGCCCAUGAAGACCAUGGGCCCAAAGGGCCCAAAAAACUGUCUUUCGCAGUGGUGCCCUCGGCGCCCAUGGAGGUACCGAUGGAACUACCUGGUGCUGUGGCUUCAGAAGAGCUGGAUGAGGUGGGAAGCGAGACAGGUCACGGAUCGAGGAGAAGCGCAGACAGUGAGUUGAAUGCACUUCCUAAAAGGGUUUCGAUGGA